CCCCCCGCGAACAGCGACGCCGCUUCCGCCCGGCCCCAAGAUGGCGGCGCCCUUUGUCUGUUCCGUGUCACUCUGAGCCUGCCUUCGCCUCCUUCCCUUCGGCGGGGAUUAUGCGAGGCCGGCGGGCGGCAUGGCAGCCAUGGACUUCCCUGAGCACAGCCAGCAGGUCCUGGAGCAGCUGAACCACCAGCGGCAGCAGGGCCUCCUCUGCGACUGCACCUUCGUGGUGGACGGCAUCGACUUCAAGGCCCACAAGGCCAUCCUGGCCGCCUGCAGCCCCUACUUCCGCAUGCUCUUCCUCGACCAGAAGGACGUGGUCCACCUGGACAUCAGCAACGCCGCAGGUCUGGAGCAGGUGCUGGAGUUCAUGUACACAGCGAAGCUGACCCUCAGCCCAGAGAACGUGGAGGACGUCUUGGCGGUGGCCGGCUUCCUCCAGAUGCAGGAGGUCAUUGGCGCCUGCAACACCCUCAGGGCCUUUGCGGCUCCUCCGGCGGACGCAGGCCAGCCCUCCCCUGGCACCGAGGCCCCGGCGGCAGAGGCAGGGCAGGAGAAGGCCUCCUCUGUCGGGUCUAGAGAGGCAGCCGAAGAUGCCAACAAGGAGGAGAAGGAGGAGGCCUCGUGUGCCCCGCCUGGCACCCUCCGGAAGGCAGGAGAUGCAGAUUCGGAAGAGGCAGACAGGGACACUGAGUCGGGCAGAGCAGUUGGCAAGGAGCCAGCUGCAGAGAAGACCAAGGAAGACACAGCUGCCUCCAGCAUGGCCAAGGAUGUCCAGGCAGGCAGUCCGUCUCCUGGGGAACCCAGCUCCACACACCUCCCUCUGAGGACCCCCCAAGUGGAAUCCACUGCCCUGAAGCUCCCAGCUGAGAUGGAGGUGGAGCUGGAGGGCCGAGAAGAAGAGGAAGAGGAGGAAGAGCUGCAUUCAGAGGCUGAGGGCAGUGACAAGACCCCUGAGGCCAAACAGGCCAGGCUGGCAAACGGUGCUGCACCUGAGGAUACUGAGUCAGGGGGCACAGAUUCUGGACAGGAGAACAGUGGCGAGGCCCGGUUGCUGCGCUCAGGAACCUACAGUGACCGGACGGAGUCAAAGACUUACGGCUCCGUCACACACAAGUGUGAGGACUGUGGGAAAGAGUUCACCCACACGGGUAACUUCAAGCGCCACAUCCGCAUCCACACCGGGGAGAAGCCCUUCUCCUGCCAGGAGUGCAGCAAGGCCUUCUCUGACCCAGCCGCCUGUAAAGCGCACGAGAAGACACACAGCCCGCUGAAGCCCUACAGCUGUGAGGAGUGUGGGAAGAGCUACCGCCUGAUUAGCCUCCUCAACCUGCACAAGAAGCGGCACACGGGGGAGGCCAAGUACCGCUGCGAGGACUGUGGCAAGCUCUUCACCACCUCGGGCAACCUCAAGCGCCACCAGCUGGUCCACAGCGGCGAGAAGCCCUACCAGUGUGACUACUGCGGCCGCUCCUUCUCGGAUCCCACCUCCAAGAUGCGCCACCUGGAGACCCACGACACGGGCAAGGAGCACAAGUGCCCCCAUUGUGAGAAGAAGUUCAACCAGGUGGGGAACCUCAAGGCCCACCUCAAGAUCCACAUAGCUGACGGGCCGCUCAAGUGUCGUGAGUGUGGGAAGCAGUUCACCACUUCAGGCAACCUGAAAAGGCACCUUCGCAUCCACAGUGGGGAGAAGCCCUACAUCUGUGUGCAUUGCCAGCGCCAGUUUGCUGACCCUGGGGCUCUGCAGCGCCAUGUUCGGAUCCACACAGGUGAAAAGCCCUGCCAGUGCUUGAUCUGUGGCAAAGCCUUCACCCAGGCCAGCUCCCUCAUUGCACACGUGCGCCAGCACACCGGGGAGAAGCCAUAUGUGUGCGAACGCUGCGGCAAGAGGUUUGUUCAGUCCAGCCAGUUGGCCAACCACAUCCGGCACCACGACAACAUCCGUCCUCACAAGUGUAAUGUCUGCAACAAGGCCUUCGUGAAUGUGGGCGACCUUUCCAAGCACAUCAUCAUCCACACAGGAGAGAAGCCCUUUCUGUGUGACAAGUGUGGCCGCGGCUUCAACAGGGUGGACAACCUCCGUUCCCACGUCAAGACGGUCCACCAGGGCAAGGCUGGCCUGAAGUUGCUGGAGCCAGGGGAGGGGGAGGAACUCAACAUCGUCACUGUGGCCCCAGACGACAUGGUGACCCUGGCCACAGAAGCCCUGGCAGCCACGGCUGUCACACAACUCACAGUGGUCCCAGUAGGAACGCCUGUCACGGCAGACGAGACAGAAGCUCUGAAGGCGGAGAUCACCAAGGCUGUGAAGCAAGUGCAGGAGGCAGACCCCAACACCCAGAUCCUCUAUGCCUGCGACUCCUGUGGGGAGAAGUUCCUGGACGCCAGCAGCCUGGCUCAGCACGUGCGCAUCCACACCGCCCAGGCCCUGGUCAUGUUCCAGGCCGACACAGACUUCUACCAGCAGUACAGUGCAACGGCCGCCGCCUGGCAAGGGGAGCAAAUCAUCCCUGCUGGGGAGCUGCUCUUCCGGACGCGGGAGGGGAGCGAGGCGCCGCAGACGCCAGACUGAAAGGGGCUGUGGGUCAGCCACCUGGACACUGGAGCCACACGCUCCCCCUUUGAGGGUGGAAGGCCAGCAGGAGCAGGGCACCGGCUGCUAUUUAACAAAAGACAAUGGGAAGAAGUACUGCUGUAAAGAAAGAAUUAUUUCUGUAAUGGAGAGAAUCUACGUCUGUGUUAAUAUUUAGAUGAAAUAAAGCCCUUAUUUUCUAA